AUGGACACUAUUAAAUCUGCUGCUAAUAAGGUGAAAGAAGAAGUUUGUGAGAAAAUUGGCGAUGAUCAUUUGGAAAAAGCGCGAGAUGAAAAACGCCCAUCUCAUAAUCGUGCCGGACAUAUGCGGGAGGCAGCAGAUUAUCAAUACAAAGCAGAAGCCGCUGGUGCAAAAUCUAACCAACAGGAAUCACGUCAUGAUUCGAAGGCCUGA